UAGUGCCAGGAAGGCCAAAUCGUCCUCCAAUGGUGGAGUCAUCAUCUGAUGACUCCAGUUCUGAUGACUCCAGUUCUGAUGACUCCAGUUCUGAUGACUCCAGUUCUGAUGACUCCAGUUCUGAUUACUCCAGUUCUGAUGACUCACAAGAAGAAGUCGACGUCUCAAAUGGAAGUCUGUCUGUCACCAUCACUGAAGGGAUGGAUUCAUCUGAUGAUUUGAUGGAUUUAUUUGAUGACUCCAGUACUUCAUCAGAUAACUCACAAGAAGAUGAUGAUGUCGACUUAGAUGAGUCGGAGAUGAGUGAUGAUGAACCAGUUGCUCGUAGUGGAUGGAUGAUGGUUUCUAAAGCGAACAGGGCGGUCACUGGUCAGAACGGGCUGGAUUCUGUUCAAAACAGCGUGGUGACCGGUCGGAACUGGACGGUGACUGCGACAAACAGCAGUGGCAAGAGUAGCCGAAAAGGGGAAGUGCCUGCUCGAAACAGGCCGAAAUCAAUCAACACUCAACCAAAAGUGUUGGAUGAACCAGUUAGCUCACGGACCAGGGCGGCCACCGCCAAAUCACAACAACUAGCUCUAAGCCCAGCUCAAUGUCUGCGCAGGAAACAAGCACAGAAGUAAACGCCUUACUGUUACUAACAGAUGAAAAAUCCAUUUUCUUAUUUCUUCUGUCUUUUUUAUGUAAUAUUUUUUCUUUUUAUGAAAUAUUAAUUUUUCUCUAUUAAUUCUCUGAAAAAUGUAAUUAUACAGACCUACAUCAUAUACAUUUUAUAAUGCAUUAUAAAUGAUUGUAAAAUUCUGAUCAAAAUUUUCCUAGUUAUAUCAUUUUGUAUUUUUGCAUGCAUUAUUAAAAUAAUAUUAAAGCAA